AGCUGGGUGGUGGCAUUUUAAAAUCACAAAUAAAAUCAUGAAACUCUUCUCACCACAGCCUCACUGAGCGCAGCCCUGCACCGUGCAGACUGUAUGGAGGGUGAGGAGCUCCUCCCACCUCCUUGAGCUCCGCUCCCCCAACGCAUGCUGCAGAGGAGUCGUGAGCUCCGCCUCAGCACUCCACCUCUGCACAGAGCAGCAGCAGCAGCAGCAGCAGACACGGCCCGCUGCAGUAACUACACUGCUCUCCAGACAGACGGAUUUACUUGUGGGAAUCAGGACGGAAGUCUGAAACCAUUCUCUCUUUUUUUUUGGACCGGCUGCUAAUUUUUCUCUCUCAAAGGAAACCAUUUGUGUUGCCAGGGAAGAAAAAGUCCCAGCAGCCAUGAGAGUUCAUCCUGCGUCUGACAGGUCCUUCCACAACUGCUUCUGACCAAACCGGGUUUUAGCAAACCAAAGAUGUCAGCCUGCAGCGACUUUGCAGAACACGUGUGGAAACCCGGCUCUUGUAAGAACUGCUUCCACCCGUUGAGUGCACACAAGGCUGUCAGAAGUCUGGAUGGCAGUGCUCCUGUCGCUUGCUUAAAGAGCAACGUGGGAGGCGAUGAAGAAGCUGGUGUAACGACUCCGUCGCCCUACAGCAAACCAACCAUCGCUGUCAAACCAACUAUGAUGAGCCUUGACACCAACGAGUCGACUGAUGUUAACAUGAACAUAGAUCAGGAGAACACAAAGAACCCUGUUGAACAUUUGGGCCUGAUGAAACUGUUGGACCUUUCCUCUCUUUAUAUUGACAGUAAUGGAUGCAAUAAGGUCCACAAGGAGGCUGUCCUCAACAGCCCGGAAUCAAACUGUAACAAAUCGUUUUCUUUUACUCAUUUGUCUCCUAACAUUGUGCCCAAAGACUCCAUGAUCAUUGGUAAUAUCUUUGUCACCCAAGAAGAAGGCAGGGGGUCUCAGAGUUUCAAGAACAAUACCAAUGGAGAUAACCAAAGGCAGCAGAAAAGUAUGACUGCUAUUAAAACCAAGAGCACUUACAAUGGAAGUAGUGUGACUACGAAGACAAAUUAUCAAGACGCUCAUCAGACAUCUGUGGACGUACCAGCGUCUGUAAAAAGUGUUCCUUCCAGCCCUGUCAAUGUUCAUAGUAAUGGUACAAAGAAUGGUGGUACUGCUGCUGUAAACACUAAAACUCCCAGCACUUUUACCACCUUCCCUAAAACAACUCUGAGUUUGGACACAACUCGAAACAGUCCUCUAACAGCCGUUCAGUCCGUCCCCAGCCUGUCACAACAGACCAGCCUCUCAGACUCCUCUUGUUCUUAUCGUAGUAGUAGCACAGACUCGCUGCCCGGGGCCGAAGGACCUGGAGAAGGACAUGUCAGGUCAUUGAGUCCCCAAAGUCCCCCCGCCAUGGGGAGCCCACGAUCUGCUCCAACUUCUCCAAAUGGACAGACAGACUCAGAACCCAUAUAUGCUGAGAGCACAAAGAAAAAGCGCAGGACACAAGUGAAUGGACUUCAGUCCAACCCCGAGUCCCCAAACCGGACUAAGAAUUUGUCCUGCUCGGAGCCUGAACUCUCAGCAGAGAGCCACCGUGCCACCAUCACUGUAAUGGCUGCUCACACGGAGGAGAACAACAGGACGUUCUACCUGAGCAGCCCAGAUUCAGCCGUCAGCACCCAGUGCCAUUUUAGCCCCACGGCACACAAAGACCCCAGCAGCCCAGCCUUCCGCUGGCCUAGUCCCAGCCGCAGUGCACCGUCUCUGACCACAGACGCCAUCCUCACCUCAACACUCCACCCUAAGCCACAGUCUAGUCCCCCAAUUCCACCAAAGAGGAACACCCGCUCACCCAAACUUGGCACCUCCAGCCUGACGACGUCCAUGUCUUCCCCUGUUCCUCUUCCUGAACUCCCCAGACUGGGCGCCUCCAGCCUCACACAGUCCAUUUCGUCUCCGGUCCCUCUGCCUGAGCUCCCUAUGCUUUUCCUUGUCUCCGCGGCCCAAGGCCACUUCAAGGUCCACACGGAGCACCACGGGCUGUCAACUGAUCGCUGGCAAAAGCCAAACCAUCACAGUUCAGGCUGGAACUGCCGCAUCGAGGAGGAAGAGGAGGAAGACGAGAGGGAGCGGAAAGAGGAUGAGGCAAAGUCCGCUAAUCCAGGAACAACUUCCAGGGUGGCAGGUCUGGUCAAUGGUGCUGCUGUCUGGAAGGAGGCCAAGGACAACAAGGCCCCCAGCAGCCUCUCUCCAAUGACAGAGCCAGGCACGGCCCCCCCUACUGCCCGCAACAAUGGUGCCUGUCAGGGGGAAACUGAAGGCAUCAGGGCGAAGGAAGGAGGCAAGCAGAACGGCAUCAUGCCAGCCAAGCAACCACUGCACGGUGGCACAUCAGAGCUGCUGACUCCAGGAAAAGGAACUGGACCCAACCCACCUCCGCCCCCACCAAAGAAACUGCACAGAGUCUCCAGUAAAAUCAGUGGCAGCAACAUGGAGCUGGACCACUGCAGCCAGCAGGGUUCAGUAGAGAGCACCGCCUGGGGACUGGGCAUUAGCAGCCUGACCUCUGCCUCCACUGACAACCUGGCUGCUGAAGCGAAUUCUUGUGAUGCUUCACGGAGGUCUUGUUCCUCUCCAUUCGCCCGAAGUCCAAUGUCCUCAGCUCCAGGUUCCCCUCAGCCACCUUGUUUCAGCGGCUUGAGUAACACGCCGCCGCCGCUGCCGGAGAAAAAAACUGUCAAUCGUACCGUAUCGGCUCCUGACGGCACCAAUGGAAAACCCUUAGUCCGAGCCUACCCACGCCUCCCGUUCACCGGCUCUGAAUCCAACGUGUGUCGGUCGGCCGAGGUCAGCUCCCGCUCCAGUUUACCGUCCAGCCCCGUCGACCCCCGGCCAAUCUUCUCCUCCAAUGAGUCUCUUGAGCGUUGUCAUGUGCAGCUGGGCAGACCCUCCAGGUCCCGUACGCUGGACGAGGCACUGAAGACACACGGACGUCUUGGUGUCCACUGCAGAACCAGCAUCACCUGCUCCUCUUCCCCUCAGCUCAACAUGCCCUUCUCUGCCUCGGACGCCGGGUCGGCUCCAAAUAUGGGCUCCAGCCUGCAGCUGCAGACUCUCCUGAGCAACAUCGACAGCAGAGAGGGAGUGUACUCCAAACUGGGAGGCCUGUACGCAGAGUCUCUGCGACGCUUAGCUCUAAAAUGUGAGGAUCACUUCACCCGAUCCCAGAGGAAUCCACUGAGGUUUGAGGAGAGCAACUGGUCUUUGUUUAGACUCACAUCCAACAAGCCCAGCUGCAAUGCAGGAGAUGCUGUGUACUACUCCGCUGCCUGUGCCUCGGACCCGACCAACUCCUAUGCUGUGAAGAUCUGUAAGAAUCCAUCCAUGGAGGCCAAACAGAUCCAUCUCUACGGCCUGUCGGUACAACAGAGCAUGCCUCCGCACUUCAACAUCCAGCAGGACUGUGGACACUUCAUCGCCUGUGUGCCCCAGAGCAUGUUACCGCCCGACGAAGCGUCUCCUCGCAACCCGCCAGAUCCGUCCCUGCAGAAGCCUUCCGUGCCGGCACCGGGUCAACAGGUAGACAGAGAGCGAGUGGUGGUCAUCACCCCCGAAAUCCCUCAGCAGACGGCGGCUGACUUUGCCCGUGAGUGGGAGGCAUUCCAUAAAAGUCAGCCAGAGGUCUACGAGCGUCGGGUUUGCUUCCUCCUCCUGCAGCUGUGCAACGGCCUGGAGCACUUGAAGGAGCACGGGGUCACUCACCGCGACCUCUGCCUUGAAAACUUGCUGCUGGUGCCUCAUCAGUGCAGGCCACCGAGUUUUCUCCAGCAGACCCACAGUGAGAACAACAUGGCGGGUGCGAAUAAUCAGCGGAACCUUCCCAGGCUCUUAAUCAGCAACUUUGCCAAGGCCAAACGGCGCUCCUUCGAGGACAACGCUUCAACCGGUAUGGACCCACGCGUUAAACGCGAUCAUGCCAGGCUGGCCCCGGAGAUCGUCUCAGCAGCCCAGUACCGUAAAUUUGACGAGUUCCAGACAGGGAUCCUGAUCUACGAGCUCCUUCAUCAACCCAACCCCUUUGAAGUGAGUCCAGCACUUAGGGAGCAAGACUACCGCUGCGAGGAACUUCCCACCAUCCCCUCUGUCUCACUUUACUCCGCCGGCCUCCAGAAGCUGGCUCAGCUCUUGCUCCAGUCCGACCCGAUCAAAAGAAUUCACAUUCAGGAGGCCAAGCGCAUACUGCAGAGCCUGCUGUGGGGUCCCAGGAAGGACCUGAUGGAGCAGCAGCUGGAGAGACAAGGCCAGGGAGGGGGCUUCGCAGACGAGUCCCGGCACGAGGGCCUCCUGAACUGGCUGGAUGUGAAACGAGCCCUGCUGAUGAUGAAGUUCGCUGAGCGUUCGCUGGAGCCUGAGAGGAACGCAGAGCUGGAGGACUGGCUGUGCUGUCAGUACUUCUCCUCUGCUAACCCUCUGUCUCUCUGCCACACCGCCGAGCUGCUCUACUCGCUAAAGUAGCAGCUAACGUGGAGCCAAAGCCGUGUGAUGAUGUUUUUGAGAAAGAAAAACGUUACCGACAUUAGUACCAGCGGUGCUUAGACUAAUGUAUGGACACUGUGGAGGGGUCCACGUCGUGCGACCCGCUGGACGUAACUGUGAAAACUGCCCACCUGUUUGUGCUAAUGCUACACGCAUGUGAGCCAUGCAUCCAAUCAGCCGGUCCACUUUGAACAGACAACUUCCUGCCACAGACUGUCACCGCGAUGAAGAAACUACAUUAUUUGUUGUUUAUGCUGUUAUCUAAAGUCAGGCAGUAGCAUUCAGUACUCGGUAUGAGUCACUCACUCUGGAACAAACUGCCAUUAUGUCGUUUUGCUGUUAGCAGGCAAACUUGAAAAUUUAGGGUGACAUAAAAUUGGUUGAAUAAAAAAACAUCUACUUAAAAUAAAUUAAAAUGCUACUAAUAUUUAGCAUAAUUAUGUAAUAUCGGUAAGAAUCGUUAGCGAUUUUUCCUGUGAUGUUGAAAACCCGAUUUGUGUUUUCCACUUGAACCACUUUGUGUCAGUGACACACGAUAACCAAUCACAAGGACUCUCACAUCUCCAUCACAUUCUCGCCAAAGCUUCUUGUUGUCGUCUGUGUAUUUAUUAACUUUUAACAUUUUACAGUGAAGAACAGACCGAAGUUUAGAACUGUUCUCCGUCAGUCAGCUGAAAAAAAACCUGUCUCGUCCAUGUGUACAGUUACUUUGUUUUUAAUGUUGCCUAAGUGUAAUGACAUGACUAAAACCUUUCACCGUUCCUCUGUAUACUGGUUUAUUAGCGGGAACGGCCCUCUGUACGUGUGCGUUACCUUACGUGGACAUGCGUAUAUUUGAACCCAUAAUAAUCCAUACGCAACAUGGCGACGUUAUUUUCAAUUAAGACAGCCUUUACCGACAGAGUCAACGACGGGCGUGUCCUCAUCCUUACAUGAACCGUAUGUUUUAAACCAUCUGUCACAGUGCCUUUUAUUUCCUUUUUCUGUGUGUUUUACAGUAAUUAGAGGGGGAAAAAAACAUAAAUGUAAAUACUACUGAUCACUGUCCUUGGUGAAACUGGCCUUUCACGGACUGCUCUAGAAACAACUCUGUACAGUUCUUUGUAGAUGAUAUGAGAAGAAAAAAAUGAGCCCAAGCAGGUCUUAGAAAGCCAUUACGUGGAGCAGUACCUUAAAAUCUAUUUAUGAUUUCAUUUGUUAUCCUGUAGCCGUCACUGGAAUUUGUUGCUUUUUGUUUUUUUUUUUUGUGUUUUUUUAGUUGUGUUUAGUGGGCUGUUUUUGUCCCACUGUGUGCCAUGUAGGCUGCAUUCUACCGUCAACAAAUGCUUUUCUUUGUCCAGAAUGUCCAGCGCGACAAGAAACCAAUCACCUGCAUGCAGGUCUGUGUACGUGACUGAAAAAGAAACCCACGAAGAAUUUGUCAUUGAUUCGCUUUGUUUUGUUUUUUUUGUGUGCGUAUCACUUAUUGGCAUCUCUCAAUAAACUGCAUUUAUUUUCUCACAGUA